AUGUUUGUAUGUGGUAUAAGACCAGGUUCUAGCGAUGAAGAAGAGGAAGAAGAUGUUAUGGACAUCCUACAGAAAAGACGAGAAGAAUGUGAACGUAAGGCGAGGCGAGGGGAGAUGGACCCUCGAUUGGAGUUUACAUUUCAACUCCUAAUCGACGGUACCGGACUCCCCCGCCAUGCCAUCAUGGAUCAUGUAUUCGAGGGAAAUAUGCUUGAUGACAUCAAUCAGCUUUUUUUACCACAUAUGAGGAAUAAAUUGCUGUGGUAUUAUCAAGACGUGGAGGAAGUGGAACAACGACCCGUGGUCGAAGGCACGAAGUCAAGGCAGCAAGCUCAAGGAAAACAGCCCCCACCUCAAAUUACUCUUAAGAGGAAAUUAUUUCUAUCUGAUGGUUGGGAUGUCAAGUUUACAGGAGUUUGUAUUUAUAUGUUUCGUAUAAAUGUUAGCAAACAGUUACCCGAGGAAGGAUUUCAUAAAGAUUUAUUUUGCGGAAUCCUAAACGCAGAUAAAGUGGGCUUAGUGACCGCUAUUGAACGUGUAAUGGAAUACGUUUAUAUGAAUGCAUUAGCUCAUCCUAGCAUUUGUGAAGAAGUUUGCAACCAAGUUAACCUGUUUGAUGAUGGACAAGCUCUAAUGGCUAAAUUAAACGACCACAACGAGCUAAAAGAGAUGAUAAAAAAUCCCACAACAAUCACUACUUUAGAAGAAAGAGUUAAUGAGUGGAUAAAAAAAAUAAUGGAGAUACUUAGCGAAAGUGAACAGCUGCGACGAGAGGUGGACUCUAGUGGGCCUCAAGAUGAACUUGAAUAUUGGAAGAAGAGAGGAGCACAAUUCUCUCAACUCGUCUCUUAUUUACAGAAUAACGAAGUUCAACUAACUUUAACAAGUCUUCAACUGGCGAAUUCGAAAGUUAUAAAACUAUGGCGCGACACGGAUCACAAAAUAACCUUCUGUUACAAUGAAGCCAAAGAUAACGCCAAGUUCAUUCAAGCCAUGGAGAAAUGCUGUCAUUCAUUGUAUCUGGACGAUCCUGUUAAAAUCAAAGAUUCCAUAUUGAGUUUACUGCAGACGGUCAGAUUGAUUCACAGUGUUUCACAAUUCUAUAAUACAUCGGAAAGAAUAUCUUCACUGAUGGUGAAAAUAACCAACCAAAUGAUUGAAACCUGCAAGCAGUACAUAACAUGCCGUUUUAAAGAAACUAUUUGGUCUCAAGAGAGAGACCAGGUCAGAGAGAAGUUAAUCCAUUGCAUAAACCUCAACAAAACAUACAGAGAAACUUACACAUUUGUAAAGAAUCAACCUUUUCUACCGAACACAGAACAAUUUAGUUUUUCCGAAAAUUAUGUUUUCGGUAAAUUCGAUACAUUUUGCAAGAGACUCAAUAAGAUAAUUUCCAUGUUCGAUUUAAUGGAUGACUACAACCAUUUGUUCGAGAAGAGAAUGGAGGGUCUACUUUUGGGUGAAGAUCUUGAAGAGGCGAUGCACGCUUUUAACGAGGCUAAGAAAGCGGUUACGUCAUGUCAGUAUGAUUAUCUCGACUACAGAAACAACGAGUUUGACAAAGACUAUCAAGCCUUCGAAGAGAAAACCAAUACUCUCCGGGAGUCGAUUGGAAACACCAUCGAAGUUAACUUUGCUAGUGUUUGGGAGACGCCGCAGGGAAUUAAGUUCCUUACUAGGUUUGAGAAGGUUAGCCAAAAAAUUCAAAUAACAAAACUCAGCGAGAAAUACGAUAGAGUGUUAAAAUAUAGCGAGAAGGAAGUUGACAAAAUAAUGAAAAUGUUUAAGAGGCAAAAAGACGAUCCGCCUCUACCAAGGAAUUACUCUCCCGUAGCUGGUCGUAUAAAGUGGGCGCGCUGCCUGAUGUACAACAUGACGGAGACGGUGGAGAGCGUGUGCGCGCACCCCGUGCUGCGCGCGCUGCCCGCGGCCGCCGACAUGAUGCGCAAGUACACCGCCACGCGCGCGCUCAUACACAACUACGAGGACACCAUGCGCGCCGUCUGGAUGAACCAAAAUCUAUGGGACGUCGAUGAUAGUCUCAAUAAUACUUUGUUGAAGAUAGACGAUUCCGGUCGCAUCACAGUCAACUUAGAUCACACCAUCAAAUUAUUGAUAAGAGAAUCGGACUGUCUCGUCAAAAUGGGUCUUGAACUGCCCAUUGUGUGUCAUUCUUUGUAUGCGAAGAAAAAUUAUUUCACGCUUGUAAACGAUUCCUUACAAUUCCUACUUGAAGACUAUCUUCGGACAGUUCGGCAAGUCAAGCUAGAAGUGCGCCCUCUCCUUCUGCCACAAGUCGUUCGUUUGUCAUCUCUGCUACUUCCUGGUCUCCGAACAGUAUUUUGGACAAGUGAAGACUGGAAAGCGUUCAUUGACCGCGCUAAUGCAGCUAUUAAUAGUUUCGACGUACUCGUAACGAGAGUGCACGAUAUAUACACGAAUAGAAUUAUUUACAUGCUGUCUGGAAUGCAAGAAGUUACUUUGAUCGCCUUACCAGAAGAAACGCCUUGGUCGGUGGAGGAGUUUAUCGAGCACGUCGAGAGUGGCUGUCGAAAUGCAUGCGUGGAACUCAAUAGAAAAAGUCUUAUGGUAGAAGAGGCGGUUGAAGAGGUCCUCGAUUUGGUCAAAAAAGCCGCGCAACAAGUAAAGCCCACUGAGAUCAAUCCGGACUUUGAGUUUCUCAUAGCCGAUGACGACACACAGUCGGCCAGCGGCGCUGCGUCUACAAUGAACGAGUCGACUGCCAGUGGUCAGCAGGACUGGUCCGCAGUGUGGGAAUGCUUUGAGAGCCCUCACCGUUUACUCUCUGUGCCCGCCGGUGGUUUAUCGAAGAGCAUGCAGGAAAUGGUGAAGAACGCAGUGAGUGAGAUGCGCCGCUACUACAGCCGCAAGGUCGUCGACGUCCUCAUCAAGGUCACGAGACGUGCUUUGGACCUCAUCAUCAAGCCCUUCUCACAGGACAUCGAGGUCAUAGGAAAUUAUACGAAACGACCGAUGUUCCUGUUGCAGACUACGCUUUUGAUACCCAAUGUAUCUGUGAAUCCUACACUGGAGGAGAUACAAGAGGUCCUAGUACUGGCCGGUAAACAUAUAUCAGGUUUAUCUAAAGGAGUUGCACAAUGGACUGGAGGAAAAAUACAAAAGCCCUCUGAUCAACGCAAAGAUUCAAUACAGGUUCAGUCUAUGGCAGCGCCGAUGAAUAUGGCACAGAAAUCGAUGAAAAUGGUGGAAGCAGCGAAAAUGAGGAAGAAAAAGUAUUACCGCUUGGAAUCUGAAGAGAAGCCAGUUUUUCCAUUACAACAGAAAAAUUUCUACAAUCACAUAAUGGAGAACAAGGAAAUAAUUAAAACUCUAACAUUGUUGUCUAUGUGUACACAGAAUGUAAAAACAGAAGUCAACGCGUUGGUCAAACGUUGGCGUCCUUAUCACUAUUUGUGGAAAUGCGAAAAAACUUUACGACAAUUGUUGGCUUGGAACCUUAAUGACUUCGAACUUGCUCUAAAAAGACACAGUGAACUGGAAGCUAAGUUGGCCACUGAACCUGAUGUAUUAAUUAUAGGAAACUGUCUUGCGGUAUCGACUGAGAAACUUAAAUUAGGAUUAAACACAGAACUCAAAAACGGAACCUACAGAAUAAGCCAAGCGAUGCGAAAAAAAUAUAAACGUGAAAUGGAUUACGUUUACGCGAUAAUGAAUGACUUAGAACGAAAACUAGAAAGACCGAUUCGAGAUUUAGACGACGUAAGGACCGUGAUGGAAACACUGAAGAAGAUAAGGGAACAAGAAGUCGAUAUGGAAUUAAAAAUAGACCCUGUUGAAGAAGCGUUUAACGUCAUAACGCGAUACGAACUGCCAGUUAGUAAAGAAGACAUGGAACAAGUAGACAAUCUGCGCUACAGCUGGCAGCAGUUACAAGCCACAGCGCUCGCGUCUCAUGUGCAAUUACUGAAAAUGCAGCCACAGUUUGAAGAUGACUUGAAAAACAACUUGGACAAAUUCAGAGAAGACAAUGCCGACUACUGCCAUGAAUAUCGAUAUGCAGGACCUAUGCAGCCUGGGUUGAGCCCACGAGAGGCUUCCGACCGUUUGAUCUUGUUUCAGAAUCGUUUCGAUGGAAUGUGGCGUAAACUGCAAACAUAUCAAAAUGGUGAGGAAUUAUUUGGUCUACCGCACACUGAAUAUCCUGAAUUGGCGCAGAUAAGAAAAGAGUUAAAUCUGUUACAAAAACUUUAUAAAUUAUAUAAUGAUGUGAUAGACAGAGUCAGUAGUUAUUAUGAUAUACCUUGGGGAGAAGUCAACAUAGAAGAAAUCAACAAUGAACUAAUGGAGUUUCAGAAUCGAUGCAGGAAACUGCCAAAGGGGUUAAAAGAAUGGCCCGCUUUCUAUGCACUUAAAAAAACAAUCGAUGAUUUCAACGACAUGUGUCCCCUGCUCGAGUUGAUGGCGAACAGAGCUAUGAAACCACGACAUUGGCAGCGUAUCAUGGAAGUGACCAAAUACAUAUUUGAGCUCGAAAAUGAAGAUUUCUGUCUGAAAAAUAUUUUAGAAGCACCCCUAUUACAAAAUAAAGAAGAUAUUGAGGAUAUUUGUAUAUCGGCAAUGAAAGAAAAGGAUAUAGAAGCAAAACUUCGACAAGUGACCAACGAAUGGUCAGUUCAUGAAUUGACGUUUCAAACAUUUAAUAAUCGAGGCGAAUUGCUUCUCAGAGGAGACACGACUGCGGAAACUAUCGGCCAACUUGAAGACAGUUUAAUGAUACUCGGAUCGUUGUUGUCUAAUCGUUACAACGCUCCAUUUAGAAAACAAAUACAACAGUGGUUAUAUGAUCUUCAAAGUACGAACGAAAUCUUAGAACGCUGGCUGCUCGUUCAGAAUAUGUGGGUAUACCUUGAAGCCGUAUUCGUUGGUGGAGAUAUUGCUAAGCAGCUGCCAAAAGAAGCGAAGAGAUUUUCAAAAAUAGAUAAGUCUUGGCAGAAAAUAAUGCAAAGAGCUCAUGAAACUCCCGGUGUCGUUUCGUGCUGUGUCGGAGAUGAUCUUCUUAGACAGCUCCUACCUCACCUACAAGAACAGUUAGAAUUAUGUCAAAAGAGUUUAAGUGGCUAUCUAGAGAAGAAAAGGACGAUGUUUCCUCGAUUUUUUUUCGUGUCUGACCCAGCUCUCUUGGAAAUUUUAGGUCAAGCUUCAGAUUCUCAUACAAUACAGAAUCAUCUACUUUCGAUUUUCGAUAACAUACGAUAUGUAAAAUUCCAUGACAUAGAAUAUAAUAAGAUGAUAGCUAUUGUAUCAUCUGAAGGAGAAGAAAUAAAACUAGAGCGCCCAGUUCGCGCCGAAGGUUCAGUAGAAACGUGGCUGACGUCCUUAUUGCAAUCAGCUCAGAGCAGUUUGCAUUCCAUUAUACGUAAUGCUGUUUCUGUAAUCAAUGACCCAGGAUUUAAUCUUCUUCUUUUCCUUGAUAAAAUGCCGGCGCAGAUUGGCCUACUUGGAAUUCAAAUUAUCUGGACAAGAGAUGCAGAACUAGCUCUAAUGCAAGCUCGACAAGAUAAAAAAAUAAUGAUUGAAACAAACAAUAAAUUUUUAGAACUUCUGAAUACUCUGAUAGAUCAAACGACAAGAGAUUUGAUGAAAAUAGAGCGCACUAAGUUCGAAACUUUAAUCACAAUUCAUGUACACCAAAGAGACAUAUUUGACAUGCUGUGCCGACUGAACGUACGCUCGGCUAACGACUUUGAGUGGUUAAAACAAUGCCGAUUUUACUUCAAAGAAGAUGCGGACAAAACUUGGAUAUCUGUCACAGACGUAACAUUCACUUAUCAAAAUGAAUAUUUGGGGUGUACAGAAAGGCUUGUUAUUACACCAUUAACAGAUCGAUGUUAUAUAACCUUGGCCCAAGCAUUGGCAAUGAGUAUGGGUGGUGCUCCUUGCGGUCCCGCGGGUACGGGCAAAACAGAAACAGUCAAGGAUAUGGGCAAGACUCUCGCCAAAUACGUCGUCGUAUUCAAUUGUUCCGAUCAAAUGGACUACAGAGGUCUUGGUCGCAUCUACAAAGGGCUAGCUCAGUCCGGUUCAUGGGGUUGCUUUGAUGAGUUUAAUCGUAUUGAGCUUCCCGUCCUCUCAGUCGCUGCACAGCAGGUCGCGGUGGUUCUCGCAGCCAAAAAAGAAAAAAAGAAAACAUUCCUCUUCACUGACGGGGACAUGUCAGAUAUGUGCCCUGAGUUCGGAAUAUUUAUUACAAUGAAUCCAGGUUACGCAGGUCGCAAGGAAUUGCCAGAAAAUUUAAAGAUUCAAUUUCGCACUGUAGCUAUGAUGGUACCAGACCGACAAAUCAUUAUACGAGUAAAAUUAGCUUCAUGUGGUUUCUUAGAGAAUAUAACUCUGGCUCGAAAAUUUUAUACGCUGUAUAAAUUGUGCGAAGAACAACUUACAAAACAAGUCCAUUAUGAUUUUGGCUUAAGAAAUAUUCUUUCUGUUUUGCGAACACUCGGAGCUGUAAAACGAGUAAAUACGAAAGAAACCGAAAGCACAAUUGUAAUGAGGGUGUUGAGAGAUAUGAAUUUAUCAAAGCUCAUAGAUGAAGAUGAACCACUUUUUAUUUCACUGGUCGCGGAUUUGUUCCCAAACCAAGCUUUGGAAAAAACAGCAUAUACCGAACUUGAAGAUGCAAUUAAAAAACAAGUCGAAUUGAAUGGAUUGAUUUAUCACCCGCCUUGGGUAUUAAAGAUAAUUCAGUUAUAUGAAACACAGCGUGUUCGCCAUGGUAUUAUGACACUUGGACCUCCAGGAGCCGGAAAAACAACUUGCAUUCAUACGUUGAUGAACGCACUAUCGGAUAUAGAAGAUCCACACAGGGAAAUGCGUAUGAACCCUAAAGCAAUAACGGCGGCUCAAAUGUUUGGCCGGCUAGAUGUGGCCACAAAUGACUGGACUGAUGGUAUAUUUUCUGCAUUGUGGAGAAAGACCCUUAAAAUAAAAACUGGGGAACACAUAUGGUUAGUUCUAGAUGGUCCAGUAGAUAGUAUAUGGAUCGAAAAUUUAAACUCUGUAUUAGACGACAAUAAAACUUUAACAUUGGCCAAUGGAGAUCGACUAACGAUGUCACCUACUUCAAAAAUUAUAUUUGAGCCUGAAAAUAUUGAUAAUGCUUCGCCUGCUACCGUUUCACGCAAUGGAAUGGUCUAUAUGAGUUCGUCUGGAUUAAACUGGGAACCGGUUCUGAAUGCUUGGCUAAGAACACGGUCUCCAAGGGAAGUUGAAGUAUUUAGUUCUUUAUUUGAACAAACAUUUCCAAAUACAUAUACGUGGUGCACUCAAAAUUUGAUCUUUAGCAUGCGCGUUCUUCAGAGUAACAUUAUCUAUCAAAUGCUAAAUUUACUUGAAGGAUUAGUGCCACCCCAAAUAACAGAAACGGAAGAUCCAUCUGGAAGCAAAUCACUUAAUGGUGACAUAGAUGACGAAGAUGAAAAAGAAAAAGUAGAAGAAGUGAUACUAUUCACACAUGAGCAUUUACAUAAAAUAUAUAUAUUUUCACUAAUAUGGGGAUUUGGUUGUCUUUUAGAAACAGGAGAUCGAUGUAGAUUUGAUAAAUUCAUAAAAAAUACAUUCAAUGAAAUUCUCGAUUUACCCAAACAUCCCAAUAAUAAAUCAAGUAUACUUUUUGAUUUUUAUGUUAAGCAUCCAGGAAAGUGGGAAUUGUGGGAAGAUUUAAUGACAAACUACAGUUAUCCAGACACAGCGACUCCUGAUUAUUCAAAUAUUUUAAUACCAAUAGUCGAUAACGUUCGUAUUAAUUAUCUUAUUUAUUGUAUUGCAAAACAAGGUAAAGCAGUACUUCUAUUGGGAGAACAAGGUUCGGCUAAAACCGUUAUGAUGAAAGCAUAUAUGAAAAAUGCUAAUCCAGAGCAGUUUAUGGGAAGAUCGUUUAAUUUUUCGUCAGCUACUAGUCCUUUUCAGUUUCAAAAGACAAUUGAAAGUUAUGUAGAAAAACGUAGUGGAAUGACAUUUGGACCGCCCGGUGGAAAAAAGAUGCUCGUUUUCAUUGAUGAUAUCAAUUUACCACAAAUAAAUGAAUGGGGUGAUCAAAUAACAAAUGAAAUAGUAAGACAAACUAUGAGUAUGGGUGGAUUCUACAGCUUAGAAAAGCCUGGUGAUUUUACAACGAUUGUCGAUAUUCAAUUCUUAGGAGCUAUGGGACAACCAGGUGGAGGUAGAAAUGAUAUUCCCGCUAGGUUAAAACGUCAAUUCGCUAUAUUUAAUUGCCCUUUACCUAAUAAUGAUUCGAUUGAUAAAAUUUUUAAAGUUAUUGGUGAAGGACAUUACAAUGCCAAAAGAGGUUUUACAAUAGAAGUAAGAACACUAAUAAAAAAAAUAAUACCUUUAACAAGAGAGCUUUGGAUGAAAACUAGGACGAAUUUGCUACCCACUCCUGCAAAAUUCCACUACGUUUUUUCUUUGCGAGAUUUAUCACGAGUGUGGCAAGGCAUGAUAGGUACCUUGCCUACUGUAAUUGAAUCAGAAAAAUGUUUAAUGCUUCUUUGGAAACAUGAAUGCUCAAGGGUAUUUUCUGAUCGUUUUACGCAUCAAUCUGAUAAAGACUGGUUCAACAAUGCUUUAUACAGUAUUACAGAAGAUUUAUUAGGAUCAGACUACAAAAAAAUGAUGGAAAAAGAUCCAGUCUUUGUAGAUUUUAUGAGAGAUGCUCCAGAACCAACAGGUGAAGAGGGUGAGGAUGCAGAUAUGGAGCUCCCGAAAGUUUACGAACCCGUUUUCGAUCAUGCAGAACUACGGGACCGUUUAGAAAUGUUUCUAUCUCAAUUCAAUGAAAUGGUUCGAGGUUCAGGAAUGGAUCUAGUAUUUUUCCCCGAUGCCAUGCUACACUUAGUCAAAAUAUCAAGAGUUAUACGACAUCCUAGAGGAAAUGUAAUGCUUGUAGGUGUUGGCGGAUCAGGCAAACAAUCGUUAACAAAAUUGUCAACAUUUAUCGCAGGUUAUCGCUCAUUCCAAAUAGCCUUAACUAGAUCUUACAACGUUGGUAAUUUUUUGGAGGACCUAAAACUGCUUUACAGAUCAUGUGGUGUGCAGGGAAAAGGCACCACAUUUAUUUUUACUGACCUAGAUAUCAAAGAAGAAGGUUUCCUUGAAUACCUAAAUAAUAUUUUAUCAUCAGGAGUUAUUUCAAAUUUAUUUACAAAAGACGAACAACAAGAAAUAAUUUCCGAAUUAACGCCGAUCAUGAAACGUGAAAAUCAAAAACGAACAUUAACAAACGAGCUAGUAAUGGAAUAUUUUUUGAACAGAACUUGUCAAAAUCUUCAUGUGGUUUUAUGUUUUUCUCCUGUAAGUGAGGCGUUUAGGUAUCGGGCGUUACGUUUUCCGGCUCUUAUAUCUGGAUGUACAAUAGAUUGGUUUCAACCGUGGCCUAAAGAUGCACUUGUUUCUGUUGCUGACCAUUUCUUAACUGAUUUUGAAAUCGAAUGCACGAAAGAAGUAAAAAAGGAACUUGUCACAGUCUUGGGAACAAUACAAGAUGUCGUUUCUACAGUAUCUACUGAAUACUUUCAAAGAUUUCGACGUUCUUCUCACGUAACUCCUAAAUCAUAUCUAAGUUUUAUAGGCGGCUAUAAAACUAUAUAUCAAAUGAAACAAAAAGAAUUAGGCGAUGGAGCUCUAAGAAUGGAUACUGGUUUAGAAAAGUUACGUGAAGCGUCAAUAUCUGUUGAAGUAUUAAAAAAAGAUCUAGCUGUCAUGGAGCAAGAUUUAGCUUUGGCUUCUGAAAAAGCAGAUCGUGUACUCUCAGAAGUAACAGACCGAGCCAUGCAAGCAGAAAUUGUAAAAAAUCAAGUUCAAAUUGUCAAAGAAAAAGCAGAGGCUUUAGUAGCUUAUAUAGCAGAAGAAAAAGAAAAAGCUGAAAGAAAAUUAGAAGCUGCUAAGCCCGCCUUAGAGGAAGCAGAAGCAGCACUAAAUACAAUUAAACCUGCACAUAUAGCCACAGUUAGAAAAUUAGGUCGACCACCACACCUUAUUAUGAGAAUUAUGGAUUGUGUAUUAAUAUUAUUCCAAAGAAGAUUACAUCCUUUAAUAUCUGAUACUGCAGCACCGUGUCCAAAACCUUCAUGGGCAGAAUCAUUAAAGAUGAUGGCCAGCACAACAUUUUUACUUCAACUUCAAAAUUAUCCAAAAGAUAUAAUUAAUAAUGAAAUGGUUGAACAUCUUUUACCAUAUUUUGAAAUGGAAGACUAUAACAUGGACACUGCUAAACGUGUUUGUGGGGAUGUGGCCGGGUUAUUGUCCUGGACAAAGGCUAUGGCAUUUUUCCAUAGCGUCAAUAAAGAAGUAUUACCCCUCAAAGCAAGUUUGAUGUUACAAGAAGCUAGGCUAAAGGUUGCAAUGGAAGAUCUAGCAUCAGCAGAAAGACAAUUGGAAGAAAGGGAAAUGUCUCUACGGAAAGUUAAGGAACAGUACGAAUCGGCUGUUUCAGAGAAACAACAAUUAACAGAUGCCGCUAAUAUCUGUCUGAGGAAAAUGACAGCAGCAACUCAACUUAUUAAUGGAUUAGGAGGCGAAAAAAUUAGGUGGACCCAACAAAGUAAAGAUUUCAAAGAGCAACUUGGCCGACUAGUCGGAGAUGUUGUACUUGCUACUGGUUUCUUAUCUUAUUGUGGGCCUUACAAUCAAGAAUUUCGAAAUAGCCUUUUUAACACGUGGAUGGAAAUAUUAAAAAGCAAACAAAUUCCUGUAACGGAUAACUUAAACAUAACAAACAUGUUAGUUGAAAGUGCUACGAUAUCCGAAUGGACACUGCAAGGCCUUCCAAACGAUGAAUUAUCGGUUCAAAACGCUCUAAUUGUUACUAAAUCGAGCUCGUAUCCUCUUUUAGUAGAUCCACAAAGUCAAGGAAAAAACUGGAUUAAAAAUAAGGAAUCUUCAAAUGAAUUACAAAUUACUUCAUUGAAUCACAAAUAUUUUCGAACUCAUUUAGAAGAUAGCUUAUCUUUGGGUAGACCACUAUUAAUAGAGGACGUAGGCGUUGAAUUAGAUCCCGUAAUAGACAAUGUUUUGGAGAAAAAUUUUAUUAAAUCUGGGUCUAUAGAAAAAGUUAUUGUAGGUGAUAAAGAGUGUGACGUAAUGCCUGGAUUUAUGCUUUAUAUAACUACUAAAUUACCUAACCCAGCUUAUUCACCUGAAAUAAGCGCAAAGACAUCUAUUAUUGACUUUACAGUUACUAUGCAAGGUCUCGAAGAUCAGUUACUUGGAAGAGUUAUACUAAUGGAAAAAUCAGAUUUAGAAGAAGAAAGGGUGGCUUUAUUUGAAUCAGUUAUGAAAAAUCAGAGAAGUAUGAAAGAGCUUGAGAGUAAUUUACUUUGUCGGUUGACGUCUUCAGAAGGUUCUUUAGUUGAUGAUGAAGCUUUAAUUCAAGUUUUACAAAUAACAAAAUCAACAGCUGAGGAAGUCAAUGAAAAAUUAAAAGUGGCCGAAGUAACGGAAAGAAAGAUAAUUAAAGCUAGAGAAGAGUUUAGAGCGGUAGCCGCGAGAGGUUCUAUAUUAUACUUUUUAAUUGUUGAGAUGAGCAAUGUAAACAUUAUGUACCAGAAUUCUUUAAAACAGUUUCUCACCAUAUUUGAUAAUUCUAUAACAAAGUCUACGAAAAGUAAUAUUACAGAGGAACGUAUCAAUAUUAUUCUCAAAUAUUUAACGCAUGAAGUGUGGGCAUUUACAUUACGAAGCUUAUAUGAAAGGCACAAGUCACUGUUCACUCUCAUGUUAGCUAUGAAAAUAGACUGCCAGCGAGGGCUUAUUUCCCAUGAUGAAUUCAUGGCUUUCGUUAAAGGAGGAGCAUCACUAGAUUUAAAUGCGGUAACUCCUAAGCCUUUUAGAUGGAUUCUAGAUAUUACUUGGCUAAAUUUAGUAGAAAUAAGCAAAAUAAAAUUCUUCUCUGAAGUCUUAAGCAAGAUUUCAAGCAAUGAAAAGGAAUGGAGAGUUUGGUAUGAAAAAGCAAAGCCGGAAGAAGAAACUAUACCUAGUGGAUUUCAAGAAAGUCUCGAUGUUUUUCGUAAACUUCUCUUAAUCAGAUCAUGGAGUCCGGACCGAACACUUUCACAAGCCAGAAAGUAUAUAGUAGAUUCUUUGGGCGCUGAAUAUGGAGAAGGCCAAAUUCUUAAUUUGGAAUCCACCUGGGAGGAGUCAGAACCACGUACUCCUUUGAUAUGUAUUCUUUCUAUUGGGUCAGAUCCAUCGGCACAGAUAGCAUCGCUAGCAAAGUCAAAAGAAAUAGUGCUAAAAGCCGUUUCUAUGGGACAAGGUCAAGAAAUUGUCGCUCGUAAAAUGAUAUCAGAUUCAAUGAACGAAGGCGGCUGGGUUUUAUUACAAAAUAUUCAUCUUUCACUACCGUUUUGUGUAGAGGCUAUGGAUGCACUCAUAGAAACAGAACAUAUACAGGAAUCAUUUCGCCUGUGGUUAACAACUGAAGUUCACACAGAUUUUCCUAUUGGUCUUUUGCAAAUGGCUAUUAAAUUUACAAAUGAACCUCCUCAAGGUAUACGAGCUAGUAUGAAAAGAACUUAUCAAAAUAUUACACAGGACACAUUAGAUUACUCAUCGUUAUCACAAUGGCCACCACUACUUUACGCUGUGGCAUUUUUACAUACCAUUGUUCAAGAAAGAAGAAAGUUUGGUCCAUUAGGAUGGAACAUACCUUAUGAGUUCAAUCAAGCGGAUUAUGCGGCAAGUGUACAAUUCAUACAAAAUCAUCUUGAUGAAAUCGAUCCUAAAAAAGGUAUAUCGUGGCCAACUAUCUGUUACAUGCUCGGAGAGGUUCAGUACGGUGGUCGGGUGACAGACGAUUUUGAUAAACGCUUGUUAACCACAUUUACUAAUGUUUGGUUUUGUGAUGUUUUGCUGAGACCUGGUUUUGAGUUUUAUAAAGGAUAUAAAGUUCCACAAACCAGAAACUUGCAAGGGUAUGUCGACUAUAUAAAUCAAUUACCACUAACAGACACACCCGAAGUAUUUGGCCUACAUGGUAAUGCAGACAUAACUUAUCAAAUAAAUAGUGCGAAGGACAUUUUAGACACCAUUUUAAGUGUACAACCAAAAGAGGGUGGUAGUCAAGGCGGCGAAACAAGAGAAAGUAUAGUUUAUCGAUUGGCUGAGGAUAUGUUAGAAAAAUUACCGAAACAAUACAUAAGUUUUGAAGUAAGAGAUGCACUUCACAAGAUGGGCGCUUUUCUCCCUAUGAAUAUAUUCUUGAGACAGGAAAUCGAUCGCAUACAACGGGUCAUUAAAACUGUACAUACGACACUCUGUGAUCUUAAGUUAGCCAUCGAUGGGACAAUAAUAAUGAGUCAAGGCUUGCGAGAAUCACUUGACGCUAUGUACGAUGCUCGCAUUCCUCAACAAUGGCUAAAGGUGUCAUGGGAGUCAGCGACAUUAGGUUUUUGGUACACUGAGCUUUUAGAACGCGAGCAACAGUACCGUGCAUGGCUACGUAACGGAAGACCUCACGCUUUUUGGAUGACGGGUUUCUUCAAUCCACAAGGAUUUCUUACUGCGAUGAGACAGGAGGUCACACGUAGUCACAAGGGUUGGGCGCUAGAUUCUGUUGUUCUGCAAAAUCAUAUUACAAAGUUUAAUCGUGAAGACGUCCAUGAAGGUCCUACGGAAGGAGUAUAUGUGCAUGGAUUGUUUCUUGAAGGAGCAUCACUUGAUAGAAAAUCGGGCAAGUUAAUCGAAUCGAAGCCUAAAGUACUGUACGAGCAAAUGCCAGUUAUCUACAUAUUCGCUAUCAAUACAACUGCAGGCAAGGAUCCGCGGCUCUACGAAUGUCCCAUAUAUAGAAAGCCGCAAAGGACAGACGCCAAAUAUGUAGGCUCUAUUGACUUCGAAACUGACAGCAAUCCGAGACAUUGGACUCUGAGAGGAGUUGCACUUUUAUGCGAUAUAAAAUAAAUUAGAAAUGCACACCA